AAGUUCAGUACGUUUUCCGUUUUCUGCGAAGAAUCUCAUAAGUGCGGAGAAUGAACUGUGAUACUGUGUAAUAUAAAACAAAAGUUGUAAAUAUUUAGCACUGAUCUGAUGAAGAAGAGGCAUUUAAGAUUGGAUAUUCAAUUUCCAAUAGAAAAAUAGGAACACAAAUGCAUUUACAGGAGUCCCACAAUACAUUUAUGUUAUUUCCUUCAAGGAACGACAGAAAUGUCACAGAGUCGUCACAAACAAUCCCGAGAUCAAGCCCUAAAGACAAGCGGCAGCAACAACGCCAAAAUGAAAUCAUAUCGAAUCAACAGAGAGACUUGUGUCUAAGUUAUCGACCCAAAUAUUGUAGUCAAGAAGUAUUACGAUUGCAGCGACCACCGCCCCCAUCUAAGCCACCACCAUCAAUUGCGCUCAUCUCUUUGGAGGCAAAUUUUCACCAAAACCUUCAAGAGGGUAACAAUAUUGCGGCUGUCGGAGAUCCAAGAAACUGUCAACUACAGCGAUCAGCAACUUUGCCAGCUAAGCAAAAUCGAUUAGGAUUAAGAAGUCGAGUCACUUUCCAAGUGCCAAAACUAACGCCAUCGUCUCCUACUGCUGGUGCUAUAUUAGAGAAGAGUAGCACUAUCGUGAACAUCUGCCAACAAGUGCCAGAAAACAAAGAGAAAAAUAAUAAAAUGACGUCUGAAGAUCUAUUGCAGCCAGGACAUGUGGUUAAAGAGCGUUGGAAGGUUAUACGUAAGAUUGGUGGUGGAGGCUUUGGUGAAAUUUAUGAGGGCCAAGACUUAAUAACUCGGGAACAGGUGGCACUCAAAGUCGAAUCAGCUCGCCAACCGAAACAGGUGCUUAAAAUGGAAGUGGCGGUACUGAAAAAGCUGCAAGGCAAGGAACACGUAUGCCGUUUUAUUGGAUGUGGACGGAACGAUCGCUUCAAUUAUGUGGUAAUGCAACUCCAAGGUAAAAAUUUGGCUGAGUUGCGACGAGCACAGCCACGAGGCGCCUUUUCUCUCAGUACAACCCUUCGACUAGGCUUACAAAUAUUAAAAGCCAUUGAAUCUAUACAUUCUGUUGGCUUCCUUCACCGCGAUAUUAAGCCGAGCAAUUUUUCAGUUGGCCGUUUGCCUUACAAUUGCCGCCGAGUUUAUAUGCUCGACUUUGGAUUGGCUCGUCAAUAUACCACAGGAACAGGAGAAGUUCGUUGUCCCCGAGCUGCCGCUGGUUUCCGUGGAACAGUGCGCUAUGCUUCAAUAAAUGCACAUCGCAAUCGAGAGAUGGGACGUCACGAUGAUCUGUGGUCGCUAUUCUAUAUGCUUGUUGAAUUUGUAAAUGGACAAUUGCCGUGGCGAAAAAUUAAAGACAAGGAACAAGUCGGGUUAACUAAAGAAAAAUAUGAUCAUAGAAUAUUACUGAAACACUUACCGUCAGACCUAAAGCAAUUUUUGGAGCAUAUACAAUCGCUCACUUACGCAGACCGACCAGACUAUGCGAUGCUAAUUGGCCUUUUUGAGAGAUGUAUGAAACGACGAGGUGUUAAGGACGCUGAUCCUUACGAUUGGGAGAAAGUCGAUGCCGCCGCAAUCGGUAACAUUAAUUCAGCUUCAAAUACCCCAAUAGCUCCAGCUGCAAUAAAAAAUGAAUAUAUUCAUGGUAACAUCACUCAAAUGACGGUAGCUGCUUCCAAUGUCAGCGGCAAAGAAUAUAUUCGGAAACGUAACGAAAUUGAUACUGCUCAGUUGGCGUCAACGGAGCCUCUAAAUACUAAGGAAAAGUAUGUAGACAAAAAUUGCAAUGCAACAACAAUGACGGCACAAGCUUCAGGGGAAAGCGCAAUGCAAAACAGUAAUGCAGGUAAUCAAAAUAUAUUUUCAAAGCAGCAUCAGCAGGAACUGGUGCUCGCUGUAAAUAGUUCAGUUGCCAUACCAAAUUUUCCGAGUGCAUUGGUAAAGUCCUCGUCGGUAGUAAUUGCCAAUCACGAAUCAGCUGACGGCGAUACCGGGACGACAAUGCAAACAAACAUGCAGUUUAAGUCAACGCAUGCCACAAAUAAUAUGAGACGAAACGCAAUUCAGGCUCAAGAACAAGUUCAGGGAUCAACAUCAAUUCACAACAAUUCAGCGCCCGUAUACUAUGCGACAGAAGAGAAACAUGUUGUCUCGCAUCCGUUGCCACUGUUAGCAAAACUCCUUACCGAUGACUCAGCACACAAAGGACGCAAUAAUGAUCUUGUGAUCAAUUCAACCGAAACUGAUUUCGAACGAAACAAAAAUAGUCAUAUUAAUGUAGACGGUGCUAAUAGUCGCUCUCUAGGUAGAGACAAUAGUCACCAACAGUCAGCGAACAAAAAAAAUAAUGAUAAUAUGAUAAAAAACACUGUCGAAGAUGCUUAUAGCAGUCCACAACAACACCAAAAAUCAGCUGAAUCAGGCUCCGAUAGCAAACGGUUAUUUAGCACUACUAAUGUUACCGAUCAAAAGUCAACAUAUGGACGAUUGCGUGUUUUAAAUGUACCACCGCCAAUGCAAACUCAAGUCGUUGAGAGUGCAGAGAAUUUGCCAUUUGAUGCAAUUUGCGCCAAUGAAAUAUUAAUUCCCAGAUCAGCAGCGAUCUCAGCAACUUCAACUACGACUAUACCACCAGCUAAUCGACGAUCAGUAACUUCGACCAAUUUGCGACCAUCAUCGUCAGGAGCUGGAACUGGCUCGAUAUCAAGCCAUCGUUUGAGCAACACUGUAAUUAGUUCUAUUCCUGUUAGAAGCAGUGCUACAGCUGGGGAUCAUUCUGUGACACAAUUCGCCUUAAUUGAUGAUGAGAACGUAUCGGCGCUUCAACAGGUAACAAGGGGCGGCGGUGCACUUACGCUUGCUUCGCAAUGGAAGAGUCAGUUUGAUGAUUCGGAAGAUACAACAGAUAACGAAUGGAAGCAAGAACCACAGUCACAACCAAAUGUGGAUAAAUCGACUAAAGCGGAUGCGUCCUUGGUAUUAUUACACGGAUUGUCUAGUGUACCAGUUCCUCGAACUAAUAAUUCAAAAUCAAAACUAUUCGGAAAUGAUCAUGUUAAAAGACAUACACUUAAUAUAGCUGGAAUUGAGAACUAUGAAAUGCUGCAGAUAUCCCUUCCACACUGGUGGUCUGAACCUGCAAUGGGUAAUGUAUUACGUAAUAAGUUACAGCCACCUGCUGUGCAACAAGCUGCGUUUGAUAACACUGUUUAUCGAAUGGAUAUCGCCAGAAACGUUUGUGUACGUGAGUCUAACUCUGAAAUUGUACCAAUAUCAAAUAAGAAAAACCAUCUGACAUCACAUAUGGCGGCUACAAUAUCAUCAUUUAAAGAUGCAGCAGUUGAUUUAGACAGUAAUAUGUACUCAAAAAAAAUAAUAGACGAGCGCUCAAUAAGUACCCGGCGACAUCGUAAUAGCCUUCCAAAUGUAUGUUUUAUUGAUGGUUUCGAUGAAAAGCCAAUAAGUUUCAGAAAAAGUACUCAACCGACUGCAACAGUGCCUUCUUGGGGUGCAAAGACUACAACAAAAACAUUUCCCCAGCAUCGAAACAACAUUAAUGAUAAAAAGCCCCAGCCAAGUUUAAUACACAAUCCUUCAUGUUUUCAUGAAAGUGGAGCACUUGAACUUGACGAUGCUGGUAAUCAAGGCGAAGAUGAAGGCUGUAUCAGUGGACGACUGGAGUUUCGUGUCAUUUCUAAAGAAACCCCACAUCUGGACGAGUCUGUUUAUUAUAAAGCAUUAGCAGCCCUUAAAACUCCUAAUACAACAAUAACAGAUGGCAUCGUUGCUGCCAAAGAAACAGCUGUGCCUGGUGAUAUUCGAACUUCAGGUCUAAGUGAUAAAGAGGCCAUUAACUGUGAUGAAAAUGAUAGAAUGGAAACUAAUAUAAGUGGCUCUAGUCAUUUAACAAAAAAUUUAAUAAACAAAGACCAUGAUGCGAAAGCCAAGAUUAAAAGCAGUACGAAUGAUGGAAGUCAGCACAUUGCCUCUACUGACUACCAAAGUUUAGUGGUAAGAGAUAUCACCUCAAAUGCAGCCUUUACAAUGGGUUGCGAACUUGUAUUGUCAACGCCAAGUAAGAUACCUAUAUUAUCUGCUAAUUUGCGACAAUCCAAAUGUGCAUCUUGGACAGGUGUAAUCAGUACAGCAGCACAGCCAUCUGGUGUUGGGGUAAUUGGUCAACAGGAGCUUCUUCAGAACGAAUCAUUUAAUUCACCGAAUUGUAAAUUUGAGCCCACUGACUCUAAUCGUGUUCACAAUUACUCACAAAUUUCUCCAACUACUACGGAUUUAACACCAGGACUACGUCGCCGUCGAGAGUCUACCGAGGGAAAGUAUAUAACUGAUCCAGCCCAGUUAAAUCUGCGCUUUCAACGUCCUCGAUGUCGGGCCUCUAGCAGCAAUCGAUGUGUACUUAACAGUUUUGAAGAUCAAUUAACCGACAAAAGUGAAGAUAAAGAUGGCAAAGAAUUUGAAGUACCGUUUUGUUGCAAUUCAGCAGCAAAGUCAGGUACAUUAGAGACCAGCAACGCUGCAUGGACUCAAAAUACAAUCGAGACCUCAAUGAGAAAUAUUUCGCCACCACCAGGCGAUCCAAAAAUUGAAAACAGUGCGCGAUUACGUCGCUACCGACACAAUAUAGAAUAAUUGCAAUAAUGAUUACAAUAUUUAUUAUAUUUUGUAAUUAUGGCAAGUUAAGCUAAUAGAUCAAAUAGGAUAAGAAGUGAAACGGAUCUAAGGCACCAAAACUAAAUCUUUAUAAAAAAUAUUUAAAAUUUCAACCACUUCAUUAUAAUCGAAGUGAUGCUGACGUCUUAAUAAUAAAUAAUUGGUUACUAUGCUUAGAUUAAUUUAUACAAUUAUAUAAUAUGAAGACAAGGCUCAUUAAUAUUCAUUCUGCUGCGAUUAUUACUAGAUGAAUAAAGAAAGCUAUGCAUACAUUCAUAAAUAUGUACCCUGGAACAUAAUAUUUCAAAAAAUAUACAAAUAUAUAUACA